GACGGUGGCCAGGGAGCAAGGCAGGAAAGGGUGCUAAGGGACUGCCUAACUGGACCCCUCUUUCCCAGGCUCUAGGCAAAGUGUAGCCCCCACAGGAGCCUCCAGGACUGAUGCCAGGAGCAGAGCCCGAUACAUUCCAUGAAGGCAGAGAGCUUGUCUGCUGUGGUCAGCCUGGUUUCUCCAGGUCCUGGCACGUGGUAGGUGAUCCUACAGGCCCAAGUGACCCUCAGACCAGCAGAAUGCAUGACUGGCAGAGGGUUUUCGAUGAAAACGUGCUGGUCCCUCCCCACCCACAGAGAGCACGCCAGCCUUCAAAGGAAUCAACAGCGUUUCAGUGUGUCCUGAAGAGGCUGGAUGGGCCACUCAUUAAGCAGGGAGUGCUGGAAGUGCUGUCGGAGGUGGGGUGCCAUCUUCGCAUGUCUCUCUUUGAUGUUACCUACCGACAUUUCUUCGGGAGGACGUGGAAGACCACGGUGAGGCCCGUGGAGCCUCUCCCAAGGCAGCCAUCCAGGAUCAUCUUUAAUGAGCCUGUGUAUUUUCACACCUCCUUAACCUACCCUACUAUCGUGGCUGUGGUGGAAGUGGUUGCUGAAGGCAGGAAAAGGGAUGGGACCCUCCAAACCUUGUCCUGUGGGUUUGGAAUUCUUCGGAUCUUCAGCAGCAAACCGGAAUCUCCCAUUUCUACCUCCGCCUCCGAGGACAGACGGUUGAGACUGUACCACGGCACCCCCAGGGCCCUGCUGCACCCGCUGCUUCAGGAGCCCAUUGAACAAAACAAACACAUGACCCUCAUUGAGAGCUGCAGCCUGCAGUUCACCCUGAGGCCACACCCGCUUCUGGAGCCUGUCUUCCACCUCCUGCCGGAGAACCUUCUGGUGUCUGGUCUUCAGCACAUACCUGGCCUCCUUCCAGCUCACAGAGAAACGGGUGAUGCCCUCCGAAAGCCUCGACUUCAGAAGCCAGCCACGUGGUACUUGGACGAUUUAUUCUUCACGCUGUAUCCUUCCCUGGAGAAAUUUGAGGAAGAGCUUCUGGAACUCCUUAUCAGUGAUCGCUUCCGGGAGGGGGGCAGCCCGCUGGACGCUGGCGCCCUGGAGGUCCUGGAGCGGCGCCUGCACGUGGGCGUGCACAACGGUCUGGGCUUCGUGCAGAGGCCACAGGUCGUGGUGCUAGUACCCGAGAUGGAGGUGGCCUUGACGCGCUCCGCCAGUUUCAGCAGGAAAGUCGUGUCCUCCUCGAAGGCCAGCUCCGGAAGCCAGGCUCUCGUUUUGAGAAGCCGCCUCCGACUCCCCGAGAUGGUCCGUCACCCCGUGUUCGCCAUCGUCUUCCAGCUGGAGUACGUGUUUAACAGCCCUUCCGGAGUGGACGGCAGUGCCGCGCCCGUCCCCUCCUCGUCCAGCUUGGCGUGUAUGCACAUGGUUCGCUGGGCCGUUUGGAGCCCCCCGCUGGAAGCCAGCUCUGGGAAGGUGGUGUUACCUCUGCAGGGGGGGAUCCGGCCCAACCCCUCGCACUGUCUGGUCUAUAAGGUGCCCCCAGCCAGCACGAGCUCCGAAGAGGUGAAGCAGGUGGAGUCAGGGACAGUCCACUUCCAGUACUCACAGAGCCCCGAAGGGCGCCUGGACACACCCACAGGGCACAGCAGCAGCCCCAAGGCUGAGAGGCGGCCCUCCAGGAAGCCACCCACGUCCCCUUCAAGCCCGCCAGUGCCACCACCCCAGGGACUCGUCACCCCCCAGGACUCGCCUGUGGGACCAGGGUUGUCACUUUCCCAGCUGGCAGCUUCCACACAGUCCCCAGCUUGGCGCCACUCGGCCAAAUUGGCUUCACAGCAGCCCGACGGCUCUGAACCCUCCUUGGCUCAAGCGCAGGAGCUCCCCUUGGAGGGCAGGAUCUCUCACCUGGAAGCAGACCUGAGCCAGACGUCCUCGGUCCCGGGAACGUCCUUCGCCGAACAUUUGCAGGAGCUGCCUUUUGCACCGGUGCAUGCCCCGAUCGUCGUGGGAGCCCAGACCAGGAGCUCUGGAAGUAAGCUCUCACGAGCCUCAGUGGUGCUUCUGCAGUCCUCCGGCUUUCCUGAGAUUCUGGAUGCCAGUCAGCGACCAGUCGAGGCUGUAAAUCCUACAGAUCCUGUGAAAUUCAACCCUCAAAAGGAAGAAUCAGAUAGUCUACAAAGCAACGAAAUAGUGCUACAGUUUCUUGCCCUUAGCAGGGUGCCCCAGGACCGCCAGGAAACGCCGUGGCCCCAGACUGUGUAUUUCACCUUCCAGUUCUACCGCUUCCCACCCACGACAACGCCGCGACUGCAGCUGGUCAAGCUGGACGAGACUGGGCAGACCAACGCUGGCUCCGUGUCACACAUCCUGGUGCUGAUUGAUAAGGAUGGCUCCUUUGAUGCUGGCUCUCCCGGCUUCCAGCUGAGGUACCUGGUAGACCCCGGAUUCCUGAAGCCCGGCGAGAAGCGCUGGUUCAGCCACUACCUGGCCGUGCAGACCCUGCAGGUUGACGUCUGGGAUGGGGACUCUUUGCUUCUCAUCGGAUCUGCCGCCGUUCAGAUGAAGCACCUCCUCCGCCAGGGGCGGCCGGCCGUGCAGGUCUCGCAUGAGCUCGAGGUCGUGGCGACCGAAUAUGAACAGGACGUGAUGGUGGUGAGUGGCGACGUGACCAGAUUUGGCAGCGUGAAGCCCAUCGGCGUCCACACGGUGGUGAAAGGCCGGCUGCACCUGACCUUGGCCAACGUGGGUCACUUGGGUGAACAGAGAGUGAGAGAUUCCAAGUCGUUGCCCCCGUCCAGGUCGCGGGUCAUCUCGAAUGACGAAGCCAGCCACUUCGAGGGAGGCAGCCUGCUUACGUGUGGGGGCCUGAGACUGAAAAACGUGGUCCAGGCGCAGAAGCUGGCCGACGUGGACAGCGAGCUGGCUGCCAUGCUCUUCACCCACUCGCGGCCUGGGGCCGAGGGGCGCCAGGGAUCCGGCCUGGAGGCGGACGCCGUGCGCAGGCGCAAGCUGGAGCGGAUGAGGGCCGUGCGCCUGCAGGAGUCCGGAGGAGGGCUCGGCGGCCACAGGACCGGCGUGCUGGCUCAGCAGGGCGUCCUUGCGCAGCACGCCAGGGACCUGCAGGUCAUCGCCGCCUACCGGGAGCGCACGAAGGCCCAGAGCAUCGCCAGCGCGCUCAGCCUGGCCAUCACCACCGAGCACACCGUCUACGCCACGCUGGGCACCGCCGAGUUCUUCGAGUUCGUGCUCAGGAAUCCUCACAACAGGCAGCGCACAGUGACCGUCGAGGUGGACACCCCAGAGCUGAGCCUCAUCCUGGACAGUCAGGAGUGGAGACACUUCAAGGACGCAGCCAACCUGCACACGCCCGUGGAGGAGGACAUGUUCCACGUGCGGGACGGCCUCGCCCCCCAGCUCUUCCUGCGCCCCCGGGAGGCCGCCCAUGUCCCCUUCAAGUACCAGACCUUCUCUGCAGUGCAGGCCUCUGCUGUGCUGAGACCUGAGGACGACACGGACCCCGGAUCGCUGGGGAGGUCCAGCAUGAUGCCCACCAGACACGCCAAGGUCUUGUUCCGGACCAGCAGUGGCAAGCCCUUCGCCGUGCUGCGCCUGACGGUGGAGCCCCAGCCCCACGUGGUGGACCAGGUCUUCCGCUUCUAUCACCCAGAGCUCACCUUCCUGAAGAAGGCCAUCCGCCUGCCUCCCUGGCACACGCUGCCAGGUGCUCCCGUGGGAAUGCCUGGCGAGGCCCCCCCUCUCCAUGUCCGCUGUAGUGACCCGAAUGUCAUCUGUGAGACCCAGAACGUGGGCCCUGGGGAGCCGAGGGACGUGUUCCUGAAGGUGGCCAGUGGUCGCAGCCCGGAGAUCAAAGACUUCUUUGUCAUCAUUUACACGGAUCGCUGGCUGGCGACGCCCAUCCAGAUAUGGCAGAUCCAUCUCCACUCCCUGCAGCGUGUGGACGUCUCCUGUGUCACCGGCCAGCGGACCCACCUGUCCCUUGUCCUUCGGGGGACACAGAUACUUAGGAAAGUGAGAGCUUUCACCUCGCACCCCCAGGAGCUGACGACGGACCCCAAAGGUGUGUUCGUGCUGCUGCCCCACGGGAUGAAGGACCUGCACGUGGGCGUGAGGCCCCUCAAGGCGGGCAGCCGCUUUGUCCACCUCAACGUGGUGGACGUGGACUGUCACCAGCGGGUGGCCUCGUGGCUCGUGUGCCUCUCCUGCCGCCCGCCUCUCAUUUCCAAGACCUUUGAGAUCACACUGGCUGUGGGGAAGAGGAAGGGCUUGAACAAGCGUAUCACCUACACCAACCCCUACCCCUCCCGGAGGACCUACCACCUGCACAGCGACCACCCUGACCUGCUGCAGUUCAAGGAGGACACCUUCCAGGUCGGGGGAGGAGAGACCUACACCAUCCGCCUGCGGUUUGCACCCAGUCAGACAGCUGGGAAGGAGGAGGUCCUGAUUUACAUCAACGACCACGAAGACAAAAAUGAGGAAACGUUUUGCGUGAAGGUCAUCUACCAGUGAAGGAGCGGCCUCGAGGGGCGGCCCGCAGCCUGGCUAAGGGGCAGGACGUCACCUGAGCCCUGACCAGCCCACCGAGGCCCCAGUCCAGCCGAGCUGCUGCCCCAGGCAUCCUCAGGAUGCACAGAGCUCUGUUGAGCCUGUUGUUGCACACGAGAGGCUGUCACUGUCUGUGAUGUUUUGGUUUGCUUUUAGCAAAAUGUUUUUUAUGAAUCAUCUUAAAUGAUAGAAUUGUGUUUCUUACUGGAUUUUGUACAAACACAUUAUUUGCUAUGCAAUGUUUUCUAUUGGUAUUAUCUCGUAUCUUUUUUAAAAUUAUGUAUGAGACACUGAAC